AUGAAGAGGAACCGUCACGGAGUGAACAUUCCAGGGGCCCUGCUGGACCAGAUUUCCGAGAGCGGGCGGUACGAGAACGACAAGCGAUUUGUGCGGGGGAAGCAGCGUGUGAGUCGGAAGGAGCGACGCAAGCAGCAGCGCGAGGAGAAGAAGAGACGACGAGACGGAGACGGCAGAGCAGAGGCCAAGCGGCCGCGCGUGGAGAAGAAGAAGAAGGAGGAUGAGGUGGAGUCGGAGGGGGAAGAGGACGAGUUCGCUGGGUUUGAGGACGAGUUCUCAGGAUUUGACGAUGCAGAGCAGGCGGAGGAAGAGUCAGAGGAGGAAGAGUCAGAGGAGCAGGAGGACGAGCUGGACGACGAGCAGAAAGACGUCAUGGCUCAGCUGAUGAAGAUGAAAGGAAAGAAACAGAGCAGCGGGUUCAAAGUCGUGAAGGAGGACGAUCUCGAGGAGGACGCGUUGGAAGAGGACGAGUUGGAGAACGAUCUGGAGAACGAUCUGGAUGAAGAGUCUUCCGAGAAUGUCUCUGGAGACUCUUCUGACGACGAGUCCGAGAAGUACGAUGAUCCAGAGCAGUUCGAUGCUCCUCCGGGCGACUAUGCGGAUGAUAUCGACUACUACGCUCGCAAGCUCGGAAUCUCCAAGAAGAGCAGUCUGAAAAAGACGGGCGAUGACGACAUAGUUGGCGGACUUCUGGACGGACUCGAAAUGGAAGAGGAGGAAGAGGAAGAAGACUCGUCUACUGAGUCGCUUGGCGACGAGGACAGAGAACUAUUAGAGGAAAUGGAAGGACUGCAGUCUUCUGACGAGGAGUCGGAUUCGCAGCCUGCCGUGCGCGAAAACCCCUACGUUGCCCCCGUUGCUCCCGGCAAGUAUGUUCCGCCAAGUCUUCGACGUAAGCUGCUCGAAAGCACCGAUUCUGAGGAGAUGCUGAAGAUUACGCGGUCUGUGAAAGGUCCGUUCAACAGGUUGUCGGAGCCACAAGUGAUGACGGUUGUCAACGAGCUGAACCAGCUGUACGCUGAGAACCCUCGGCAGAUCGUGAACGAGGCCAUCAUCAAGGUAGUGUUUCAGUCUGUGCUUGUUUCGACGCCGAUGCUGGACAGUUUCCUUGUGCUCUAUGCUACGGCUAUUGUUGCACUGUAUGGACUCCAAGGAGUUGAGUUUGGAGCGUAUGCGAUUCAAUCGUUGGUGGAGAAGUUGUGCGAGCUGAUAGAGGCCGAGGAACAGUCGAAACAAGCCUCUAACCUGAUAGGACUCAUUGGCUUCUGCUACGAACUGAACCUUUUAUCCUCGAGACUGGUUUACGACAUAAUUUUGGACAAGUUGAUUUCCAACCCAACAGAGUUCAGAACCGAGCUGCUUCUCAAGCUGAUCCGGUCCUGUGGAUACAAACUAAGAUCGGACGAUCCAACUUCCUUAAAGGAAAUCGUCCUUUUGCUCAACAAGAACGUUGCUGCCAACUCCAGCACCAGAGCACGGUUUUUGGUGGAGACCGUUUCCAAUCUGAAAAACAACAAGCUGAAGAGCAUCGAGUCGGAAGCAACUUCUGGUCUUGUUACCAGAUGUAAGAAACAGCUCGGCCGGAUCAGGUCGGGCGACCCGAUCAAAGUUUCUCUCAACGACAUAGAAAGCAUCAAGGAGAAGGGUAAAUGGUGGCUCGUUGGAUCUGCAUGGAAGGGCCAGGAAAACCAGGAACAACAGUACCAGGAAUACUCCAAGUCUGUCACCGACGCGCUGGACAGCUCCGAGCCCAACUGGCUCGAGCUCGCCAAACAGCACCGCAUGAACACCGACAUUAGACGUGCGAUAUUCGUUUCGAUUAUGUCAGCAACCGAUUACAUGGAUGCGUUUGCCAAGCUGGAGAAGCUGGGGCUGCGAAAGACCCAGCAGCGCGAGAUUCCGCGGAUCUUGAUGCAUUGUGUUUCUAUAGAGACCGCGUUCAACCCGUACUAUGCGUUUUUGGCCAAGAAGCUGUGCCAGGACCACGGAAUGCGCAAGACGCUCCAGUUCAAUCUCUGGGAUCUGUUGAAAGAGCUGGAGGGGGAGGACGAGGACGACACAAGCGACCUUGAUGAUGACCAGAAGUUGCGCCGGAUUCUGAAUCUGGGGCGGCUUUACGGCCAUUUGGUUGGUGAAGGGUCGAUUCCGUUGAACGUGCUACGUACUGUCAAUUUCCUCACGGCAACCGAAGACACCAGACUUUUCGUGGAGAUCUUCAUGAUAACGUUCCUGGACGUGGUGGCCAAGUUGUCUGAGGAGAAGAUGUUUGGCGGAGGAGACCGCAAAUUGAAGACAGAGGACAUGAAAUACACCCAAAAGACACUUGUUGAACGGCUGAGCAAGUGCAAAGAACAGCCAACUCUGUUGAAAGGACUGUCAUACUUCCUACAGGAAAAGAUCAGAAAUAGCAGUUUGAUUAAGGGCAAGAAGCAGAAGGCUAGAGUGCAGUGGGGUGUGGAUUCCAUGGCUGAUAUCACAGGCGAUAUAUUAUCGCAAUUCGUCUGA